CAAGAUGGCGAUAUUUUGACUGUCACCCAUUUAGGCCCGCUGUUGUCGUGUUUAUAAAUUUCUGUUUCCCAUUAACGUCUGAAACAUGCAGAAUAGAACAACUCUGCAUCACAAUUUACAACGGAGGGUUUAUGGUAACUUACCGCCGGGCAUGUUGAUGAAAAGAGCGAGAGGAAGUAAAUAUCUGCUGCAGUGCUUGCAGAAAGAAACAGCUUUGACGGGGCAUGAAGGCUGUGUUAACAGUAUAGCUUGGAAUGAGAGUGGCAGCUAUCUUCUCUCUGGAGCUGAUGAUUGCCGUCUUAACAUUUACCAGCCAACAAAAAGAAAGUUGCUGCAUUCCAUCAGAUCUGGUCAUAGAGCCAAUAUUUUCAGUGCCAAAUUUCUGCCUGGUUCAGGAGAUAAAUGGAUAGUGUCCUGUGCUGGAGAUGGCAUGAUUCACUUUACAGAUCUCAAUAGAGAAACAGGCCAUGGACAGUUUCAGUUUAAUUGUCAUGCAGGAACUACAUAUGAGGUAAUUACAACUCCUGGGGACCCUAACACCUUCCUUAGCUGUGGGGAAGAUGGCACAGUCAGACUGUUUGACCUGCGAACCAAGACAAAAUGUUUAUGCCGAGAUUGUAAAGAGGACAUUCUGAUAGACUGCGGUAAAGCAAUCACAUCCAUCAAUCUGAAUCCCAUCAUGCCGUAUCAUCUGGGUGUUGGCUGUGAAGACAGCACUGUACGAGUGUUUGAUAGACGUGCACUGAGCAGUAGCAGCACCAACAAGAUGAAUGGAAUGUUCUGUCAGUUUAGACCAGAUUCACUCAAUGGUAGAACAUGUCGCGUCACUUCACUUCAUUACAGCCCUGAUGGUAGUGAACUCCUUGUGAGUUACUGUGCUGAUUACGUCUACCUAUUUACCUUACGCGGAAGUAAACAGCUUCGCUCUACACACGGCGAUGACCUGGAGGGUGGAUACUCCAACGGUAGCAACGGUCAUCGGAAUGUACCACCACUGAAACGUCUGCGCCUGCGAGGAGAUUGGUCAGAUACAGGUCCCAAUGCCAGGCCUGAAAGUGAACACCCUUCCCCAGAAAACUCCCUGAUGCAGCGUAUGUCCGAUAUGUUUGCACGCUGGCUUGAAGAAUCGUUUCGCGCCGGACAGCGUCACAGAGCCCGAACAUCAUCGUCGCGCUCGACGUCGGUGUCAUCUACAACAUCAUCUUCGUCGAUGUCUUCGUCGCCGCCAUCUUAUAUGUCUAGUAGCUCAUCAGAGUCAAGCGGAGCUUCGGGUUUGUUUGGAGAGGAACCGAGGUGGCGUUGGAGUCGUGAGCGGAAUUCCGAGGUGCCCCAAAGUAGAAAGGGAGCGAGGGUAGGUGAAUCAGGCGGAGCUUCUGUGGAAAUGGAGUCAGAAUCAGCGGCGAGUUUAGAUGAUGCCAACAGAACUGGCCAGGAGAGAUUAAACGUUUCUAGCACCAAAUCUGUCGAGCUUAUUCCUCACUGUGAAAAGGAAUUUGAAAGUGUUCCUAGAACUACUGAAUCGACAACCUAUGUCAAUGAUACUAUGGCAGCCGCCGCUGAAAAUAAUACAGGAGCAAGCGAAACCUCAACGAUAGCAAUCGAAAGUAAAGACACAGAGAAUGGGCCAAGUAGCCAUCGAUUAUCUCAACAAAUGGACCAGUCAAAAGUAAAAGACUCACAUUCGAACACUUUAGUAAAAACGAAAAGUAAAGACAGUUCUUCACCAGCUACGCAAGAAACCACCCGCCCAAGCCGUACGCACGCGGACCCAACGUCUCAAGAGGAACCAAGAGACGAACGAAAUCCAGGCGUAAGUGGCGAUGAAGGCGUUGCUCUUCCGGAACACACCUCAGCGGCUACUCGAAUUCAGCGCGUUUAUAGACUUCAUAAGAAGGCAAAGUCAAGUACGGAGUGUGAAGGAAAGGAUCUUUGGAUUCCAGAAAUGACACGAGUCUACAAGGGCCAUCGUAAUGCACGAACAAUGAUCAAAGAGGCUAAUUUUUGGGGCGAUGACUACGUUCUUAGUGGAAGUGAUUGUGGUCGAAUCUUCAUCUGGGAAAAAUACAGUGCCGAGUUGGUGAUGAUUCUUCAGGGUGAUAAACACGUGGUCAACUGUGUUCAGCCGCACCCAUAUGACCCAAUUCUGGCAUCAAGUGGAAUUGACUAUGAUAUAAAACUUUGGACGCCUUCUGCCAAGGAACCCAUGGAACCUAAAGACAAGGAUGAGAUAAUUGGUCGUAACGAGAAAAUGUUGGAGGAGAGUAGAGAUACCAUAACAGUACCGGCCUCUUUCAUGAUACGUAUGCUGGCCUCUCUGAAUCAUGCCAGGUUUGGUCAGCGGACUCAAGAUGACGAAACCGACUCUGAUUUGAGUGACGAUUGAAUUAUGUGACGUGCUGUGCUGAUCACCAGACUGUCACGCAACUCAUCUGAUUGUUGUCGAGUUGGUUACUCUUACUUUUUUUCCGGGAAUAGAUAUAUAUUGGGCAAUGUUUGUCACCUCAAUGCAGCAAAUGGGUUUAAAGUUUAUCCAAUGUGAGAUAUUACUUUUUCUUGAAAAGAAAAGAAACAAUUACUGUUCCUUUUCAGUCUGUUUAACUGUGGUGGAAAUUAUCGCAAGUUUCUUUCGAAACAUUUUACGUUAGCCCUACUUCGUAACAAGAGCAGAGAGCUUUUCUGAACUAGCGUUCUAUGGUUCGUUAUAGUGUAUGCGAUAGUAGUUGGAAACGUUAGUGAGUUAAGUGUUGAAAAUAUUUUUCACUUCGAACACUUCAGUGUACAGGUUUGUUCUCCUUUAGCCCUCUCAUAAGGAGAGCAACAUCUUUCAAAUUUCAUCUGCUGAGCUUGGGUCAGUUGAAGUAUAAUGAGGCCUUUGGUUGUCAGGGGUAAUUUUUCUUUUGAUCUUAUAAGAAAGGAGUUAGCUUUGUGGGUUAUUUCAUUAUAUGUAAUCGUGAUCGAUGGUGGGUCUGUAAAUAGUUUGCAUACUAGAUGAAAAACGUUGUGUAAAUUUACGAAAUCUUGUACAUACUGUAGAUAUUAUUAAAAGAUGUUUUGGUUUUUGUCUGGAAA